AUGAAGCAGUUAGAAAAUGAACAGCAGAACGUGAUCAUCAAGCUGGAAUUGGCCAGGCUGACGGGUUCCCGAUCUCCUAUUUCUGGUAAUGAAGAUUCCCGUAUGUUGAAGUACGUACCAAAGUUUGACGAGAGUGACGUCGUAGAAUUUUUCAUAGCUUUUGAGAAGGUAGCGGCAAAUUUCAAGUGGAGUGAGGAUAGGUGGGCAUUCAUGGCUCAGACUGCUUUUUCCAGGAAGGCUCUAAAGGCUUGGGCUUCUCUGUCGUUGGAAGAGAGUCAAGAUUAUGCUAAAGUGAAAGAAGCCAUUUUAAGGAUUUAUGAGAUGGUUCCUGAAGCCUACAGAGUAAAGUUUCGUGACAGUCGAAAAUCCUCCAAUCAAACUUUUGUGGAGUUUGCUCGUGAAAUGGAGAAGCAUUUUGAAAAUUGGUUGAGAUCCAGCGAUGUCAAGAACAUUGUUGCCAGCGAGUCUAAGUUUGCAGUUGUUGAUACUCUCCCCAUAGCUGAGGUUGAUGUUGUUUUGGCAAAUGAUCUUGCUCAAGGUAAAGUAAGUUGUAAUCCGACAGUUUUUGUCAAUCCACAGGUGUUAGUACCUAAACCUGAAACGGUGCUUGUGACAACUAGGUCAGGUAAAAGUACCGAUUUUGAAGUUGAGCAUCCUGAUUUGGAAAGUUUGUUUAAUGCAGAUUCAUUGGUUCACGUAAGUAACAAUAAAUCUAUUUCUUCUGAAGAAGUAAUGAAUUGGAAUAGAGAUGACUUAGUAAAGGUUCAAAAUGAGGACAUGGAGAUUAAAAAUAUUAAAAUUAAGUUGGAAGAGGGUAAAGGAGUGGAUUAUGAAGUGGAUAAUGAAGUUCUUUAUAAAGUAAUUGUUCCUAUUCGAAAACGAGAGGGAAAUUUGUUGAAGCAUAGGUUAAUUGUUGUACCUUCUAAAUUCAGAAAUGGUAUAUUAAGAAAAGCUCAUGGUGAUUUGUUUGCUGGUCACUUGGGUAUUACUAAAACCUUUGAUAGGGUUAGGAAAAAUUUCUAUUGGAAAGGUCUGAAAAGAGAUGUCAAGAAAUAUUGUAAGACGUGUCACCAAUGCCAAAUUUCUGGUAAACCUAAUAUGGUAAUUCCUAAGGCUCCCCUUUCUCCCAUUCCUUCCUUAGGGAGAACCAUUCGAGCAUGUAGUCAUUGA